UAUCAACACAUCGGCAAGCAAGUUAUGCUAAGCACGCGGUCACUGAAACCGUUAUUAAUUGGAAGCGUAAGAUUAACGAACACGACACAGACGCUGCAGCAAGAUUUUCUAACAAACAUGCCGUUAGGUCAAGGCGUUGGCGUACAUAGCUUUGGACGCAUUAUCAAGGAGAAGAUGUCGCUAGAAUUAGUAUCCACAACAAAAUGUUUCGAGGGCGAGCAGAGAGUAUACAAACAUCGGUCCAAAGAGCUCGAUUGCGACAUGACUUUUGGAGCCUAUCUGCCCCCGGUGGCCGUUGAAGAUAAGACCGCCUGUCCAGUGCUGUAUUUUCUAAGCGGACUGACUUGCACGCACGAGAAUUUCAUCCAGAAGAGCGGAUUUCAACAGUUUGCUGCCAAAUAUGGCAUUAUUAUUGUAAAUCCUGAUACUUCGCCGCGUGGCGUGGAGCUGCCUGGACAGGACGAUGCCUAUGACUUUGGUAGCGGCGCCGGCUUCUAUGUAGAUGCAACGGAGGCACCCUGGUCCAAGCACUACAAAAUGUACAGCUAUGUCACCCAGGAGCUGGUAGAGCUAAUUAAUAGCAAUUUGCCGACCCUGUCAAGCAAGAAAGGCAUUUUUGGGCACAGCAUGGGCGGUCAUGGCGCCUUGAUAUGUGCCCUCAAGAAUCCUGGUCUCUAUCAGUCGGUUUCGGCCUUUGCGCCAAUUGCCAAUCCUACAGAAUGUCCGUGGGGCAAGAAGGCCUUGGCUGGCUAUUUAGGCGCCGACACAGCCAAAUGGGCUUCUUGGGAUGCCACCAGCUUGGUCUCCCAAUAUGCAGGUACACCUCAGGAGCUCUUCAUCGAUCAAGGCACUGCGGAUAAUUUUCUGGUUGCGAAGCAACUGCUGCCUGAAAAUCUUUUGAAUGCGGCUUCAUCCAACGACCACAUCCAGACCGUAUAUAAGCAGCGUGAGGGCUACGAUCAUGGUUAUUUCUAUAUCGCUACAUUUGUAGGAGAACAUAUUGCCUAUCAUGCCAAGUUGUUAAACGCCUAAAAGCUUUGAGGAAUAAAAACUGUACAGAUUGUUCGCAUCGGAAAA